UGAAAAUUUUAUGUGUUUUACUGUUAUUGACGAGUUUCUACCCUUGUGAUCAAUUUUGCCCAGUCACACAUUAUCGGAAACAAACGAGAUGGAUUUCGGAAAGCUGUUGAAUGUCGCCAAACGAAAUACAUCCACAGUGGGUCUGAAUGGCGAGGGCCGAUAUUAUUCCACCAAAUUUGCCCCACCGAAAAAGGAAAAUAAAGAGAAAAAGUUAUCGGAAAACAUUAAGAAAUUUUUGGCCAAAAAAGAAGAAGAGGAUAGAUUGAAGAAAUUAGAGACGAGACGCAAGGCGGAGGAGCUUAUGGCAAAACGAGACGUCAAGGCGAAAAAAAAGAUCGAAAAAAUGUUGAAGGUCAUAAAGUCGGCCAACAAAUCAGUACUGGACGAUGCUAUCAAUACACAGGACAACACGAUCCUGUCGGCUGAACAGCCCGAUGCGGAUGACUAUGGUUACACGUCCAACGUGGCAUCAGAGUUCUACCAGCAGCUGAUGAACAAAUACAAAAGCAACCCCGAGGAACAGAAAUUUAAGGAAGCCAAGAAGCGUACCAUGUCAAAAGAGGACCUGGCGCUGACGAAAGCACGUGUAAAGGAUGCCAUUAUGAAGCAGGUGGAAGAAGAGAGUACGCCGCGUUCCAGGAAAUCUCGGUUGUUGGCGGGAAGUGGUGGUAUUGAUGAUCGCGACGGACAUGCGGGCACAAUCCGACCCGGUCCAGAUCCGUAUGAUCCAGUCGAAGAGCAGCGACGUCGCGCAAAUGAGGUAGGUGCCAAGGUAUUGAAAGAUGAAAAAAAAAAAGCACAAGGCCGCAAGGCAUGUGGGCCUCCACCGCCGCCUGAUUUUGCAACGCUACUAAAGCUAGCCGAGCAAAAACAAUUUGAACCCAUCAAAAUUGAAAUACCUAUUGAGAAACGGCGGGAACCAGAACGACUGAUGACAAAACGUGAAAAGAAGGAGCACGAUGAGCGAAUGGCUUUCCUUGAGAUGAAACGGCUUCGUGAUCGUAUCAAACAGGAUCCAAAACUGUCGGAAAAAGAAAAACAAAAUAAAUUAUUGCGUCUAGAGACGUUACGGGCAUCUAAUGCGUCUAACUACAAGCGAAUGUCUACCCCACUCGCUAAUUCAAUAGGCGGUAAUUCGCUGCCUGGUAAAUCAACUUCUACAAAUGAUGUUACAAGUGCAAAACCAGUGCUAUCCGCGAAUAUCUGUGGUCGUACAACGUCUUCUUCUUCAGUCGCGUCAAAAUCAGUUGAAACUCCUAACAAAAUUUCCAAACGGUCCGAUCCGAGCAGUUCUGACAGUGCUAAGAGGAAUUCUAUCGGUAUCGAUUCUCUGGCAGCAGCAAAUCAGUCAUCAUUAUCGGUUCAAGGAUCGAAAGCAAAAACGGUAUCCAGUAUAUCUAAAACAUCUAACGUUACAUCAAUCGACAACAAAUCCUCUUCGCCGAGUAUAAAGCCAGCCUCAUCUGCCCAACUUUCGUCAGUUUCGCAAUCCCAGCGUAGCAAAACAUCAGCCUCUAUCAACGGCUUAGUUAGCUCAGCGUUAAAGCCAUCAUCCAAUUCAUUAUCCUCUUCAUCAUUAGGAAACGGAAAAUUAAAUGCCGUCAAUAUGUUGCCAUCGCGAUCGUCUACUGUAGGAGGAAGAAUGAAAGGAACAACUGAAACUGUUGUUCUUAAAAAUGAAAUUCGACCGUCAACAGUAGCUGCAAAGCAACGGCCGCUAGCGGUGGUGCAAACCCGUCACUUUUCACCAUCUGAUGUACAACGCCCGUUGAAACGGCCAGCGCAAACGGCACGUGCGAGCAGUGCUCAACGGCUUUUAAAUACCAGUAAUACCAUCAGCUCCAAAAAACGUCGCGUCAUUGACAGCGACAGUGAGUACGAUAGCGAAAUGGAUGAUUUUAUCGACGACGGCGAUUGCGACGAAGACUACUCAUCAGCAAUCAAAGAGAUCUUUGGUUAUGAUAAAUCGCGUUUCAGAGAUGAACGUUUUGAUGAUGAGGACUACAACAUGGAGUCAUCAUAUGCACAGCAAAUGCAUGAGGAAUAUAUAAGCAAAAAAAUCGGUAUUAUGGAAGAUUUGGAAGAUAUGCGCAUGGAAGAAGAAGAAAAGCGUCGAAAAUUAGUAAAUAAGAAAGCAUUGGUUAAAAAGAAAUAAGGAUCCUAGUUGUGAAAGGGUAUGCGUAAGCAAUAUGUAUCGAUUUGCUGACCAAAAAGUUUUAUAGUGCUUGUUCGAAGUGAGAUAAAGAGGAAUACCUGUUUCGGAAUAAUUCUUAUUACACGAUAU